AUGACUGCGGAGCUGCCCGAGCUUUGCCGGCAGCUGCGCCCCUGCUUUGUGGAGCCUCUGGGCUUCAUGGUAGCCUGGUCGGGCGUCCUUGCUCUGCGCUUCAAGGGCUUCCCUUCGCAGCUGGUAGCCUUGAAGGAGCUCAUCGAACGAAGCUUCGGAGGCCUCUGCCCCGAAGGCUCCGGGAGCAAGUUUCCCAAGGCCACCUUGGGAGCCCUGCGUGCGGGCAAGCGCCUGGAUCCCGAGCAGCUGCAGAAGCUGCAGGGCCUCUGUGCCGUGGCCUCCGCUCGGCUGGCUGCGGCCAGCUUGCGGCUGCAGGUGUCCGUGCUCUCUUUGGUGGCCUACGAGAACCGUGCCCUGGAGCGGCGCUUCGGCACGCUGCCUUUGCCGCUUGGCACCGAGACCUCGGAGCCGGACCUGGCGCCGCCAGCAGAAGAGCAGCUGAAAGCCAGCGAGGCCGUGUUUGCGGAGACCUUGGAUUCGGGCUACUGGGUCCAUGCUUCCAGGGACGGAAACCGCGAACCCCACUACCGAGACCCCGCGCCGGGAACGACCUUGGUCUGGGACUUCGGCAAGCUGUCCGGAACCGCGGCCAUCGACGCACUGCUGCGGGAGCUGACCACCUUCGCGCAAGAGGACGUUCGGAAGCAGGCUGACGAGCCUGCAGCGCUGCGGACCACAGCAGGGACCCGAAAGGAGCCUUCGGCGAAGCUCCAGGCCGACGCGAAGCCGGAGGCCCCAAACCCACCCACCCCGGCCCGAGCUGCCCAUGGCGCCGGGCUCCCGACGAGGGCUCCUCAGCCGGAGCCUCCCAAGGCCCCGGAGGCCCAAAGCCUUCACGCGCAGCAGAGAGAGGAGCUGCUCUCAGCCCAGCCCCAGCGUUCAACGCCGUCCAGCCGGCCGGCAGACCUCCAGAUCCCAGCAGAGGCCAAGCCGGGCACGAACAAGAUCUCCGGGCCCACGUUUCCUCUUCGGGGCCGCUCCCCUGCGGGUGGGCGCUCGCCUGCCGUCGGAGGCCCCGGAGGCCUAGAGGCUUCAAGCAGAGAGUUUGCCACAGACGAGCUCUGGCCCACAAGCGCCGUGGCCUGGCCGGAGGACGCGGAUGCUCGUCGCAUGUGUAUCGGCUUCCAGGCUGAGCUGCGCGCUGCCAAGUUCCAGUGCAAGCCUGCUGACGCCAGAAGGGUUCUUCUGCUGAGAACCUUGAAGUUGAGGUGUCAUCCAGACAAGGCAAAGGACGAAGAUAAAGACGUCUGGGGGAAAGCCUGGAAGUGGCUCGACGAUUGGACGAAGGAGAACCAAGACUGGUACGUGAAGGAUGCGGAGGGAAAGACGAACAGCCGCUAUCCGCAGUUCCAAAGCGUCGUUGACUAG